AACUUCCAACACCGACCCUUUCCUGAGUUGAAGAGCCCCCAAGGCCCCAACAAGCCCACAUGACUUCACUCUAUCUCAACUGCAUAUCCCCCAAAGAUAGCAUAACAAAACAAAAAGGAAUUUAAUUAUCGAUGCAGUAAAAUACUCCACCAGCAUUCAUUAAUAUCUGCCAUUUUUCUGCGCAUUUGGCACCUUCCCAACUUCCAUAUAUAGGGGCUUUAGCUCUUCCUCUUCCCGCAGUCCUCUCUCUCUCUCUCUCUCUCUCUCUCUCUGUUUGGGUAGAUUUAUCAGAAUUUUUGGCUGAUAAAUCAUACCAGCAUUCCCUCUUUGUUCAUAUAUAUACAUUCUUAAAUACAUACUCCAUCUGCUACAGAGCAGUAGAUCUGUAUUUCUACCAUCUUCUUUUUGUUUCUGUUAUUGUCUACUUGAGGGCUAAUUUACAAUGCAGAAGUUUGCGCUACUCUGUUGCAUGGCUCCUCUGUUUUUGCUUCUGGGGCUACUUCCCUUUGCUUUGGCCGGCCAUGACUACGGCCAGGCUCUGAGCAAAAGCAUUCUCUUCUUUGAAGCUCAGAGAUCUGGGUACCUUCCCAGCACUCAGAGAGUCAAAUGGAGGGGACAUUCUGGUCUCAACGAUGGCAAGGCCAAUGGGGUGGAUCUGGUGGGAGGGUACUAUGAUGCAGGGGACAAUGUGAAAUUCGGAUUGCCAAUGGCAUUCACAGUGACAAUGAUGUCGUGGAGCAUAGUGGAGUAUGGGAAGCAAAUGGCUGCUAGUGGAGAGCUCAGCCAUGCCAUGGAUGCUGUCAAGUGGGGCACUGACUACUUUAUCAAGGCUCAUCCUCAGCCCUUUGUCCUCUAUGGAGAGGUGGGAGACGGGAACACGGACCACUACUGCUGGCAGAGGCCGGAGGACAUGACCACCUCGCGGCAGGCCUACAAGAUCGACCCCAGCAACCCCGGUUCGGACCUUGCCGGGGAAACCGCCGCCGCCAUGGCGGCCGCCUCUAUCGUCUUCCGCCGCUCCAACCCUUCCUAUUCCAAUGAGCUCCUCGCCCAUGCCCAUCAGCUGUUCGAGUUCGCCGACAAAUACAGGGGCAAAUACGACAGCAGCAUUACUGUGGCUCAGAAGUACUACAGAUCUGUUAGUGGAUACGCCGAUGAGUUGUUGUGGGCUGCUGCGUGGUUGUACAAGGCAACCAACAACCAGUACUACUUGAGCUACCUAGGCAACAAUGGUGGUUCUCUCGGUGGUACCGGUUGGGCCAUGACUGAGUUUGGGUGGGACGUCAAGUAUGCCGGUGUUCAGACUCUCGUUGCCAAGUUUCUAAUGGGAGGCAAGGCUGGUAACUAUGCAUCAGUCUUUGGGGAGUACCAGCAGAAGGCAGAGUUUUUCAUGUGUUCGUGUCUUGGAAAGGGCGGCGGCAACGUUCAGAAGACUCCGGGAGGCCUUAUUUUCAGACAGAGAUGGAACAACUUGCAGUUUGUAACCAGCGCUUCUUUCCUCCUCAGUGUCUACUCCGAUUAUCUGACCUCAGCUGGGAAGACCCUGAAUUGUCAAUCCGGCAGGGUUGCACCGUCUGAGCUUCUUUCUUUCGCGAAAUCUCAGGUGGACUAUAUUCUGGGGGACAACCCAAGAGCCACAAGUUACAUGGUAGGAUACGGAAGCAACUACCCGCAACAGGUUCAUCACAGAGCUUCCUCAAUUGUCUCUGUAAAGGUUAAUCCUUCGUUUGUUACUUGCCGGGGAGGUUAUGCCACUUGGUAUAGCAGGAAAGCAAGCGAUCCAAAUCUUCUUACCGGUGCCGUUGUUGGUGGACCUGAUGCUUAUGACAACUUUGCCGACGAAAGGGACAAUUAUGAGCAAACAGAACCAGCAACUUACAACAAUGCUCCUCUUCUAGGCUUAUUGGCAAGACUCCAUGGUGGUCAUAGUGGCUAUAACCAGCUCCUUCCAGUCGUCCUUCCAAUGCCUAAAGCCCAACCAAAGCCAGCUCCAGAAACCAAAACCGCACCAGCUCAAGUUCCAUCUUCUGCUCCCAUUUCCAUUGAACAGAAGAUGACAACUUCAUGGAAUGAUAAAGGGAAGACCUACUACAGAUAUUCAACAACAGUGACCAACAAAUCUCCUAAAACACUCAAGGGUAUCAACCUCUCAAUAUCCAAGCUCUAUGGUCCUCUGUGGGGACUCACAAAGUCCGGCGACUCAUAUGGUUUCCCAGCUUGGAUCAAUUCUUUACCUGCUGGAAAGAGCCUCGAGUUUGUUUAUAUCCAUUCUGCCUCUCAAGCGGAUGUUUCUGUCUCAAGCUACAAUUUGGAAUAAGUAAAGAAGAGAGGCGGUUCGCACUUUUUUCCCGGGAUUGUCGUGUAUAAGAAUUGUGCAGCUGUACAAGGUGCAGUCCAGAAAAGGUGUUUCUUUUGUGUUACUAGUAAUUUUCAAUUACUUGUUGAUUUGGGGUGAGUAGGUUUUAGAAUGGGUUUAGGUUAUAAAUAAGGUUGAAGGUAGGAGGAAGAAAGGAGUGAAGAGAGGACUAAAACAGGUGUGCUCAUCCUCUUUCUCCUCCACUUCAUUAGUUGCAUAGAAGAUAGGUUUGAGAGAGAGCCCAGAAAUUGAAAGAGUCAAGAGUGUUGAGAAGGAAAUCAAUACUCAACCAAAUGCAAGGAGUCUUUUGUUUCCUUGUAAUUGAAAAUGUUCCCUUUUGUUUUUUUUAAAACCUCUUUUUGGUUGUGUGCUUAUGAUAUUGUAAGCAAUAUGAAUAUAGCUUGUGCAAGAACAAUAGUUGCUCUUAAUGAUGAAUUCUGAUUCAAGUGUUAA